UCGCUGCACCUAUCCCUAUCUCGCCCAAAUUUCGCGUCCUCCCCUACACGAGCGUGUCAACGAUUUAGCAUUUUUUGUAGACACAUGGGCGGAAAAAGAGCUCUUAGGACAAAGCCACUCUUCAAAAGGCGGUUCCUUUGGUCUUCGUUGGUAUACACACUUCAAAAAUAUAGUGUGAAAUAUUAUAGUUUCAAUGUUUGUUUGAUGAAAGAACAAAGAUACUCCUGUCAACACAGCAAUACUAUAGUGGAACCACACCCUAUGGUUUUGGAUGAAGAGGCAGUGGUUUUACGAGAGAGCAGUGGCCAAUUAAGCCAGCCCUAGUGGGCAAAAAACAUGUGUACACCAAAACUGCCCAACAGGAAACAUUCAAAUCUCACAGAGGAUACUUUCUCAUGCAUUUCUUCCAUCGCUGCACAA